AUGCCUCCAAUUGAAUAUCCUCUAAUUAAUGAAGAUUCGGUUCAUAUAGAAAAACUCGUGAGACAAUAUUUACCUAUUGCACCUGAAGAAGUUGCAAAUGCUGUUGAAGUUCCAAAUUCAAAAAUUGAUGGAUUUUCUUCAGUAUAUAGAAAUGCUUACAGUCCUGAUAAGUUAUUAUCAAAACCUCAUCCUUCCAUAGAUAGUUUAUAUAAAGCUUUUCAUCAUAGUGUCAAUGUUAGACCAAAUGGUCCUUGUUUUGGUUCAAGAAAGAAACUUUCAAAUGGUAAAUUUGGUCCUUAUGUUUGGCAAGAUUUUCAAACAAUUAAUAAUAGAAAGACAAAUUUAGGUUCAGGACUUUUCUUUAUUUUACAAAAUAAUCCUUAUCGUUCAUCUACUGAUCCUGAAUUAGAUCUUCUGUAUAAUCCUCUUAAUCAAGAUGUUCAAUCUAAAUUUAUUGUUUCAUUAUUUUCUCAUAAUAGAGAAGAAUGGGCAAUUGCUGAUUUAGCUUGUCAAAGUUAUUCAAUUACUAAUACUGCAUUAUAUGAUAGUUUAGGUCCAGAUACUUCAAGAUAUAUUCUUAAUUUAACUAAAUCUCCUGUGAUUAUAGCUUCUAAGGAUAAAAUUGCUGGUUUAAUUAAAUUAAAGGAAGAUUCUCCUGCUGAAUUACAAAAUUUAAUUGCAUUGGUUUCAAUGGAUCCAAUUGAUGAAGCUUUGGAUGCAAAUUUAUAUGUUCAAGCUCGUAAUAAUAAAAUUUCUUUAUUUGAUUUCUUUCAAGUUGAAAAAUUAGGAGCUGUUAAUCCUUUACCUCAUAUUCCUCCAUCUAUUGAUUCUAUUUAUACUGUUUCAUUUACAUCUGGUACAACUGGUGCUAAUCCAAAAGGGGUAGUAUUAGAACAUAGACAAGGUGUUUCUGCUAUUACAUUUUGUUGUUCGAAUUUAAGAGGUAUUGAAGGUGGUGUAUCAUAUGCUUUCUUACCUUUGGCUCAUAUUUAUGAAAGAAUGAACUUAGCCUUUGCUUUGUUUCAAGGUAUAUCUGUAGGAUUUCCUCAACUGCCUUCACCAUUAACAUUAAUUGAUGAUUGUAAGCAAUUAAGACCUCAUUAUGUUGCUUUAGUUCCAAGAGUAUAUACCAAAUUAGAAGCUGCCUUGAAAUCUCAAACUGUAGAUAAUGAUGAAAAACCAUUAUUGAAAAAAUUGUUUAGUACAGCAAUUAACAAAAAAUUGGAAUGGCAAUCUGAAGCCGAUGGAUCUGAAGGUAAACAUUUAGUUUAUGAUAAAUUAAUUGGUGUCCUUGCCAAGAAGAUUGGUUUCGAUAGAGUAGUAUCAAUGACUACUGGUUCAGCUCCAAUUUCUCCAGAAACUCUUAAAUUUUUAAAGGCUUCCUUGAACACUGGUAUGUCUCAAGGUUAUGGAUUAACUGAAUCAUUUGCUGGUAUUUGUACUUCUCAAAAGUAUGAAGCUAACCCGGGAUCUUGUGGUGCUAUAUCUAUCACCACUGAAAUGAAAUUAAGAGAAAUUCCAGAAAUGAAUUAUCGGGCUACUGAUGAAGGUGGACCUCGUGGAGAAUUAUUACUUCGUGGACCCCAAAUUUUCACUCAUUACUAUAAAAAUCCAGAAGAAACUGCUAAAGCAAUCGAUGCUGAUGGUUGGUUUUACACUGGUGAUGUAGCUAGAAUCGAUGCUACAUGUGGUAAUAGACUUUAUAUUAUUGAUAGAGUGAAGAAUUUCUUCAAAUUAGCUCAAGGUGAAUAUAUCACUCCAGAAAAGAUUGAAAAUACUUACUUGUCUCAAUUCCCAUUUGUUCAACAAUUAUAUGUUCAUGGUGAUUCAUUGAAGACUUUCCUUGUUGGAAUUGUUGGUUUAGAUCCUGCUACCAUUGAUGGAUAUAUUUCCAGAAGAUUUAAAGAUAAAAUAUCUACUAAAGCUGAUAUUUUGGAUUUCUUUAAGAAUCCAGAUCAUAAACGUCAAUUAUUAAUAGAUAUGAAUUCUAGUGUUAAUGGAUUAUUACAAGGAUUUGAAAGAUUACAUAAUAUUGAAGUUACUUUUGAUCCUUUAAGAAUUGAAGAUAAUGUGGUUACUCCUACUUUAAAAAUUAGACGUCCAGUUGCUAGUAAAUUUUUUAAAGAAGUUCAUGAUAAUUUAUAUGAUGAAGGAUCUUUAAUUAGAAAAGAAGAAUCUAAAUUAUAA